CUCCCCGCACGGCCCGACCCCCCGGCCCCACCUCCUGUCGUGCGGAGCUGGACCGCUGUUCUCGAGGGUCUCGAGGGUCUCGGUGCAGCCUCCUACCGGAGCCGCGCCGGAAGCUGGGUGGGCCAGGGAGUUGCGAAGCUGAGUUCCGCCAUGGCGCUCCAGGUGCCCAUCAGCUUCAAGGACUUGGCCGUGCGGUUCUCUGAAGAAGAGUGGCGGCUCCUGCAAGAGGGGCAGCGGGAAUUCUACAGAGACGUGAUGCGGGAAAACUACGAGACGUUGGUGUCUGUGGGGACCUCUGAGCUGCUUCCUCUCUCUGCCUUCCUGUCACCCUCGGGGCCUGGAGGAGCCACAACAGAAGAGAGCCACCAUGAUAAGGGACAAGAACCCCCAGUGGAGCAUGGUUCCCAGGGAGGGCAGCCCCAGCAGAGUCUGCACCUCACCGCCCUAGUGCAGCUGGUAAAGGAGAUACCGGAGUUCCUGUUUGGAGAGGUGAAGGGUGCUGAGGACUACUCCGAGAGUGGGAGCACCAGUCUGGAAGGGGAUCGAACGACGCCUGAGGUAGCCGGAGCCGUGGACACUUACCCUCCCCGCAGCCUGCUCAGUUCUCUUUCGGAGAGCCCUGCAAGCCACCCCAGCCUGGCCGCCACACCCACAGGCAGCUCAUCUUCCAGCGGCCCUCCUGGAGACUGGGCACAAGAAAGCCCCCUACCUACCAUAGGAACUGCUGAUAACCCACUGUCUAUAGAGAAGGAAGGCUUAGGAGCCUCAGGAGAGCCUUCUGUUCAUCCCACUCAAAGCCUGGACCAGAGCAAGAGCCAUCGAAGACAGGAUAGAGACAGCACAGGAACAGGAACCGCUCCUGAGAACAGUCCCUUGCAAGGCCUCAUCAACUGUCUAAAGGAAAUCCUUGUGCCCGGGCCCCAGCACCGUGGGACAGCCCCAGACUUGCCACCUUCUCUCCCUGGCCUGAGUGUGUUGAAGCAGACCAGAGCUGAGGUGGAGCCAGGGAGCCUGCCCUGCCCGGUGAAGACGGAGCCAGUAUCUGGGGAUUGUCCCCUUCAAGGACUGCUGAACUGUCUGAAGGAAAUCCCAGAAGCUCCAGACAGGCGUCCCAGCCCCUCAGGAGCAGGGGACGUGCGACUGCAGGAGGAUCCAGGGAAAAGGAGUUCUGGAGGGAUGAGAUGCCCCCAGACUCCUCCUCUCCGCCGGAGUCAUGGAGCUGGACAUACGCUUGCCACGGUGAAAAUGGAAGAUAGGUGGGUUCAGAGUCCCCCAGCGCCAGCAUCCUGCCAGCUUAGCGGGCAAGGCCACAGUCCCUAUUUCACUGGAGAUACCAGAGAGGUCCGUGUACCCCGCUGGGGCCCCAUGACUCUCGCCAGCAGGGCCUCAAGCUCACCACUAGAAGCUCUAGAGGCCUGUCUAAAGGGCAUUCCUCCAGGUGGGUCAUCACCUCUUCAGCCGCUAGCCACCUCAUGGUCCAGAAGUCCCCAGCCAGGAGAUUCUGGAUCUCAGAGGCUUGAACUACAGCCACAAGGAUCCCACAGUGAAGAAGCUACGAGAGAGCCACUUCUACCUCUGAGCUUGCAGGGCUGCAUGAGAGAGGGACCUGGGAUUCAACCCUCUGGUUCCCAGGGUACCCCUACCAGCUUCUCCUCAGCCAGCAGCAGUGAUGGGGAUCUGGAUUUCAGGAGCCCCAGGAACAAUCUGGGGCAUCGACUUGGGAAAGGAUAUCCACCAGGAAACUCUCCACUCCAAGGCCUGGAGAACUGUCUGAGAGAGAUCCCAGUUCCCAGGCCACAGGCUGCCUGGCCUUGUUCCUUGACUGUAGACAGGGGGUUGAAGAGACCAGAGCCCAGGAACUGGACUGCAGACAGAGAAGGACCGAGGGGCGAGGCCUGUGAACCACCCCACCUCGGACAGGGUCGAGGAGAAGUACCCAACAGGAAUCUCCGUCUAGGCAGUCCACAGAUGACUGUCAGACCAGGAACGUGGCAAUGGCCAAAAGAUGAGACAGCCACCAUGCCCUCCCCCCUGCACUGCCUGGAGAGCUCUCUGAGGGGGAUCUUGCCCGUGAGACCCUUGCGUUUCACCUGCGUGACUGGCCCUGCCCCCAGUCCCAGCCCCUGCUCCAGCUCCAGCGUCAGCAGCUCCGAUGGAGAAGACCUAAGGCCAGAGCCUGCAUUCUGGCAGCCACCCCUCCAGAAGAGAGACCCCCUUCCCUCCAGUAAGGGUCCUGGCCCUCUGUGCCCUGUCUCUGGAGCAUCUCCAAGAGUCAACAACAGUAGUUGUCUUGCUGAAGACCCUGCGAGAACAGAGCCCAGGGACUGCAGCAGCCUCGGAAGGGCAGAAGGGACAGGAGUCAAGUCCCAGUCACCCAGAAGAGAAGGGACUGCAGAGUACACAUUCCAGCCUGGCCCUGUCAGCAGUGCUGAAGUUAAAGAAGAAGGAAAAAGAGGAGAGGCAACUACGUACCCAUGGCCUGCCCCUCAGCCAGAGGAAAGGCCUGAGCCCAAGGGUACUGAAGACCCCAAGGACCUGGAGCCUGGACAUGGGCAACCCAGCAGCACAGCCAGGACCCAAGGAAAGCUGCUUUCUGGGGACCCUCUGGAGCCACCUAGCAAGUCUCCCCUUCCCGCAACUGACUUGUCAACGUGGCCACCUACUUCUUCACAGCCACCAUGCCCCUGUGGCAGAUCCCUGCAGCAGGAGCUGCACAGCCUUGGUACUGCCCUUACGAACAAGCUGGACCAGCUUGCAGCAGCCUUGGCAGGCCUGACUCAGGAAGUGGCCACCAUGAGGACCCGGAUGGACCGGCUGGGAAGGCGCCCCCAGAGCCUUGGACCAAAAGGCCAGGCUUCUUGGCGGUUGGCCCUCUCCCGGAGACCUCGCUGGGCCAGCAGACUGGACCACAGACACCUACCCUACUGGAGGCAGAAGGGCCCCACCAAGCCCAGACCAAAGAUCCUGCGGGCCCAGACAGAAGGCUGCAAGGCUGGUGACCGCCCAGGACUCUCUAGAGAGAAGGGCAAUUUGGUGCCUCAACUGCCUCCAGAUGGUUCCUUGGUAGAAUCUUCCAGGCCCACCUGUAGCUCAUCCCAGCAGAUCGCAGUACCUGGAGGCCACACUGUGCUGACUGCACAUCCCCUUCUGGAACACACUGGUUGCCACCAGAAUCCCCUCUCCCCUUCAGUGCCUCCUGCCUUGGUCCCCCUUGUGGCCUCACCAGCAACCAGUACAGACACAGAACCUCAGGCCGCUAGAGUGGCAGCCAUCAGCAUUCCAAACCAGCACAAGGAACCUAACAGCCUGCUAGGGGGAGCCCUCAGCAAAGACCUCUGGGGAGGUGACCACAGGGAUCCAAGGUGGGGGGCCCAUUAACUGUGCCGUUCCUCUGCUGAGGCUUGUGAGGGUGCCUGGUGGGACCCUCUGGGGUACAGCCGUUGCAGGCUGCCUGUUUCCCAGGGGUUGUGUCUUCCUUACCGCUCAGCCAGCCCUCUCAGUGCUGCUGCAAGUCUGACCUUUGCCUCUGCUGUGUCAGGCUCCCAUGGCGUCUGCAUAAAGCCACUACAGAGGCGUUUCUCAGCCAUACCUCUGGCUUUCUUGGCUCAGGUUCAGUCAGCCAGUUGUUCUUCCUCCGUUAUCAGAGCCGUCUAGGUUUCCAGUGAGUGUCAUGCAUAUAGCAUAUGCACAGAGCCAGCUGCUCCUGAUCUCAAGGACACUGAAAGGCCAGCCUUUAUCUGUCUGGAGUGAAUACUUCACAGAUCUCAUUUAGGGAGAGGCUGGCCUGUGGUCUGAGCUGAAUUGAUCCACAUGGAUUCUAAAACUAAAUAUAUUAGCUGCUAAGAAAAGGCCAUUGGCUUCUAUGGAAGGGUGCUCAGAGGGGACAGCACUUAGGCAUGGUCUCCUGGAUUGUCACCAGUACAGUGAGAGUUAGGCAUGUUCCCUUCUUCUGUACCUACACCUCAAGAGAAGUGAGCAUGUGCUGUGAGGCUGGUGCAGCAUGCCACGGGGCUCCUGGGGAAGAGCAUGCACAUCUAUCGGUCUCCUAGGGCUGUGCACAGGUGUUACAGGCUUAGUCUGGGCAGCUGAAACCAGGGGUCCCAAAUCAAGGUCUUGUCAGGGUUGGUUCUCCAGAGGGCAUCUGGCUCUGCUGGGGGCUGUCUUCAUGCUCACAUGGCAUCUUCUCCAAAUGCCCUUUCUGCCACAACACAGAUGUUUCGGGUGGCACUCAUUCUCACUUGAAUUUAUUCCCCAAAGACUCUAAGGAGCAUCACCUUCUGAAGUGUCGGCGGGGUGCGCAGUAUGGUCAGCCUUUUGGCAUUAUGACAUGGUGUUGUCAUCUAGAAAGUUCACAUUCAAGAACCAGACAGUUGAGAUUAAAAAAAAUGUUUUAAAUAUGUUUACAAGUUUGUGUUAGAUUGCAUAUGUAGUAUUUAUUCCUUAGCUACAAGCAGGUUAGGAGUGUUGCGGGUUGGCCGUGCCUAUUAGGAUUAAGACUUCAGCAUAUAAACGAGGAGGAGGGCACCAUCUAGCUUAUAAUACAGCUGAGACCUGGGCCGGUCUCGGGCUUGGCCUGACUGCCUAGAUGCCAUUCCACCUGCUUCUGCCCUGAUGAGAUGGUUGGUUCUGCCACCGCUGCCCAUCCACAUUCACUCAGCUCACGUCCUUCGGAGCUGAUCUGAGUUCCUUUUAAACCUGAGGACGUUUCAGGAGAUGUGCUUGUCCACACGGGAGCUGGGAAGGUAGUGUGGCCUUGUCCAUGACAAUCAUAAGCAGUUUCUGGCUGCUCUGCCAGUGACUCUCGGUCUCUGGAGAUAUCCAGGAGUUGAGAGUCCCUUAGGCAGCCAUGCCUGGGACUUGGUGAGUAUGGUUUGCACAGAGAUUAAAGUAUGUUAGAGUGUGGUUCGUGGCCCGCGAGGGGGUCACAUCAGAUAUUAACGUUAUAGUUCAUAGCAGUAGCCAAAUAAUAGUUAUGAGAAGCAAAGAAAUAAUUUUAUGGUUGGGGUCACCACAGCAUGAGGAACUCUAUUAAAGGGUCACAGCAUUAGGAAGGUUCAGAACCACUGACCUAGGGACUAAGGCAAACCCCCAAAAAGUCCGCCUAGAGCGUAAAACAGAGUAUGCACAGGGUGUUGACAAGUCCAGCUCCCUGCUUGCAGGUUGGAGUAGAAGCAAAGGGCCGCAACCUCCACCUGUAAGGAAUGAGCAGCUGCAUCUCUGGGCUAGCGGGGCAAUGCUGGUGCCUCCAGUGCCAAUGGGCAGGGGUAAGACAGGUUCAGAGGGCAGAGAAGAAACAUUCACAUUCAAAAUCCUACUUGGGAGACUUGGGUGUUCUUAAAUUGAUAAGACAAAUUGGCACCUGGUGUGGGUGGCCCUGGCUAGGACAGGGAAGUCUGCCCUGCUUGAGUGACUCUUUUAAUUGUAAACAGGAGGCCGUGUUGUUCUGUGAAAGGGCUCCCCGUGAUACUCUCCCUGGCACAUCUGCCUUGCAGACAGCCAGCACGAGUGGACAAACAGCAAUGCGGGACUGAGUUGCUAGGGCCUGGCGUCUGCUGGGUGCUAAGUACCUCCCUUUGCUGUGCCUGCUCAGGAUGAGUGGUUCAGAUCCAGUCAGACAGUGACAUGGAACCAGCUGAAGUUGUGUGGUGGUUGCUACAGUCACACUCACUCCAGGCGGCCUCCAGGACUGUCGCUGCUGACUACCAGAAAGCCCUCUGUAUUCACUGAGAAUGGAUCAGCAGAGGCUUGUUCUGGACAGCCUGUUUAAAUGUGGUGCAGAUCUAGGGCCUGGUGUGGGGCCCAGAGAGGGUCUGCCCGUACUGUUCUGGGAAGUGACCCUAGGCCACACCUGGGAACUUCUCUCCUAUCACCCAAGGGGCAGAUGGAAGGCUGAAGGAGGUGGUCGCAGGGACAUCUGUGACUUCUACAGCACCAUGAGAGUCCUGAUUCCACCAAAGUAAUGUCACCCAUUGGUAAUAUGACUUAACUCUGGACUGGCUGGUCUCUGAUUCUACAUGUGGCUCCUACAAAUAGCACAAGGUUGCAAGGCUUUUCCCUCAUAAUCUACCUUGACAGUUUUGUUCUUGAAGGCCUUAGCCCAACUAGGUGACAUUGGCUACUGAUACAUUACACUUGAAUACACCUUUGUAGUUUGGGCUUUGUUCCACUUCAGAGUUUGGGGCUGAUUGGCUGGGUUUGGGUUUUGUUUUCCUUCUUUCCUUUUUUUUUUUUUUUUUUUUGAUUGGCUAUCCUGUAUUUUUGUUUUUAAUUUUUUUUUCAUACUACACUUCUCCCAAAUUUAUCCUUCCUAGAGACUAGAAGGUAAAACAUUUGGAUUCAUAAUCGUCUUUGGAAGAUUUCGGUAUUCUUUUCUCAAACUGAUAAGACAAAUUAGGAAAGAAGCCAAAAUUUUGAACAAGCUGAUUAACAAAAUUGACCCGAUUCAUGAAUGCAAGCACACUGCGCUGCAGAACUGCUGUUCCACAAGUGCACAGAACAGUACAGAAACUGACCUUACCAACUAAGCCAGAGCAAGUUUUAACAAAUUUAAAAGUAUUGAAAUUACAUAGAAUGUGUUCUCUGUCCACAAUUUACCUUCUUACUAGAGUCAAAAAGCAAAUUCUAGACAUUUGUACAUUCAAAAAGCAAUGGUUACUAUGAAAACCGAUGCA